UUUUUAGAAAUUCAUAGUGUUUUUGUAUUUUACCUUCUUAAAUUACAUAUCAUCCAUUAUAACAUUUUGAUACACAUCACAUAAAUAGGAUUUGCUUAAUGGCACUCUAGAUUCGAAUAAAUUACCUUCGUAAUUUAGCAAAUAUAAACUAACAAUAGGAAACAAUCUUUGACUAUAGUUUAUACUUUACAUGCUGGAUAUUUCAGAAGGCAUUCCAGUUUUUAUCGCGGAGACAUUAAAUGCAAUUUAAUACAUUACAAAAACUUGUGACCUGUUUACACUAUCAACUUAAAAUAAUUACUCUUUUUCGCAUUGCAAAAUUAAUGAAAAACAAUGAUGACUAUCAUUGCGUGGGUGGGGCAAAAGGUGCAAUUUUUCCAAGUGCAAUCUGAUGGUUACUUUGUUCUCGCUCGCUUGCUGGCUGCCCGUGUUUCCCUCUCCACCAAUCUUGCAGACAAACAGCCUGCCUGCCUGCCGCACACUUCUCACUUUGAUUAUGACUCUAGGUCAGCAGCGAAUUGUAGUAAUUCUUCCGUUCAAACUAUCAAAAUAAUCACAAAUUUCUGCGUCUCGUUUUCUAAUCCAGCUGGGAUAAGCAGUCCCCAAAAUGAACUGGGAAGAACGGUACAACAUCCCACCAUCUUUGAGAGGAGUUGAGGUGAGGGACCAUACUGGAAAAAUUUGUCCACCUGCACCGCCACCGACCUACGUCUACUAUGAGCAGCCGGGCGUCUGGCCACCCUAUUAUCAACAGCAACCAGUGCCACAACAACCACACGGUCAGCAUGUCAACUCGACAAAUGGGAACUACUACGUUACUAAUUCAUCGAUGCCCUCAUCUGCGCCUCAGUACUUCAACUCGCCGUAUUGUCCACCUCUUGCUACGAUGCAGCCACAGCCAACAGGAAUGGACUACGGACAACAGAAUGGCAUGUACGACUUUCAAAAUGACAACUCCAUUGCUCCCCAAGCACCUUCAUCAUAUCGGCAGGAACAGGAAAUAGGUGGAGGAGGCUAUUUUGACUCGGUCCUUUAUCAAGAUCAACACCAAUUUGUAGCAGAACUACAACAAGAAAAUGAGCAACAGUGGCUCGCAGAUGAAGCUACUUCCACUGUCAUUCAGCCCCCUUUUCCUACUCCUUCACCUGAAAUGUAUCAAGCUCAAGCGUAUGAUAAUUAUGAUAUAAAUCAAUAUCAACAAUUCCAAUCCUCAUCACUAGUGCCCCAACAACAAACUGAAGAGCCCGGACAUAACAUGAUGACAUUCUAUAGUUCUGCAUCUUCAGAGCUGCCUGUCGAAAGGAAUGACACGACUAGCGGAAUACAUGAUGAGCUGGGAUAUUCCACGGUCAUGACUCCAAUCAGCCAGUCGUUGGAAGUAUCAGAAACUAAUAAUGAAAACGAACCUAUUUGCACUCCUCAACAUCCGCAACAAGUUGCAAAAAUGGAUCAUGAAGAAAUGAACACAUAUGAAAAUCUUGCGUCCACAGCGGGUGGGCCAAAAGUUCCUCCAAAGACUGACCGUUGUCUAAGAAAUUUGGAUGAUACUCUGAAGAAAACCACUGAUUUACAUUUCCUGUCUCCGUUUCUUCUCCCAGAACUCCAAUAUAUCGCAAAGAUAGCCCCCAUGCUUGAUAUUAUUACACCACUUGAAGAACGCCAUCCUGCAGUUUAUGAGUUGAUAUUCUAUUUGAAAGUUCAAAAUUGUUUUACUACGUACUUUCGACUUUGGAUUACAGGAGACUAUCCUGCCGAAGCUCCAGGGGCGCUUUUUGACUUUUUUCCCGAAGGUGUUACUGUUCCGGCAAAAAGGGAACACGUGAACAGUACUUUAAAAUUGAGUAUCCAGUCCGUUCCAUUUCAUGGUUUCCGGGUGAAGGGACUUCUUCAUGCAUGGCUUUCGUUAUGCAAGCAGUACAUUUCCCUUUGUCAGAAAAUGAAGCUACAACAAAUUUCCUCAGUCAAGAUGAAAAAUUAAUUGAGGAAUGAAUUGUAUUUUAUCAAAGUUUAUUUAAUUGCAAGGCUCAUGUUGUGCUGUAUCAUUUAGUUAACUUUUACCUAUAGACGCUAUUAUCAUCUUAUUGUGUGUGAACUUAUGAUAUUUUGCAUGCAAAGCAUGUAACGGUACUUGGUUUUUCAAAUAAACUAGUUAUAUCC